AACAUAAAAUUGCUUACAUAGGGCAAAACAAACUUCUCAUGUUUUGACAGAGAGCGAGUGAAGCAUGACCGGCGGUAACGCAUUUUCUCCCGGCGAGCAUGCGGUUUCACCGAACCCUAACCUCGAAAUCGCGAUGAUGAGGAAACAUGGUGGAUUAUAUCUUGGCUAGAUAGUGUGCCCAUUAAAGAAAUGAUGAAGGGAGCCUAUUUAAGGAAAAUGAUAGAAGAAGGAUCUCAAAACACUGAGCACCUGCUUGAAGAUGAAGGCAAUGACCUUGAGAUAGAAGGUAGUGACCUAGGAAUUGAUGGCAAUGACCUUGAUCUUGAAGGUGAUGACCUUGAUCUUGAAGGCAAUGAACUUGAGAUAGAAAGUGAUGGCCUGGAGAUUGAAAGCAACGACUUUGAAAAUGACAGUAAGCAAAUCCUGGAGAGAGGAAGUAAUUGCCAUGAAAAUAAUGGAGAUGAUAGGGCUGUUCUUAAUGGUCAAAGUGACAUAUCUCAAGCAAACGAAUAUCCCCCACCAGUUGUGGGAAUGGAGUUUGAAUCCUAUGAUGAUGCUUAUAAUUAUUAUAAUUGCUAUGCCAAGGAACUAGGAUUUGCUAUUAGGGUAAAGUCAUCAUGGACAAAACGUAAUAGCAAAGAGAAACGUGGUGCUGUACUUUGUUGCAACUGCGAGGGUUUCAAAACGGUUAAAGAAGCAAAUAGUCGUAGGAAGGAAACAAGAACUGGUUGCCUUGCCAUGAUAAGGCUAAGAUUAGUGGAAUCUAAUAGGUGGAGGGUGGAUGAAGUCAAGCUUGAGCACAAUCACUCAUUUGAUCCAGAAAGGGCUCAAAAUUCUAAGUCACAUAAGAAGAUGGAGGCUGGGAGCAAAAGGAAGGUGGAGCCAACUGUUGAUGUGGAGGUACGAACAAUCAAAUUGUAUCGAACACCUGUUUUAGAUUCUGCUGGUUCUGGAAGCUCAAACUCUAAUGAAGGAGAAAUAAGUAACCAUGUAGAUCGGUUGAGCCGGUUGAAGCUGAAUAAGGGUGAUGCACAAAUUAUUUAUAAUUAUUUCUCUCGGGUUCAGCUAACUGAUCCAAAUUUUGUGUACUUGAUGGAUCUCAAUGAUGAAGGGUAUCUGAGGAAUGUGUUCUGGAUAGAUUCUAAGUCUAGAGCUGCAUAUAGCUUCUUUGGUGAUGUGGUUGUAUUUGACACAACAUGCUUGUCAUAUAAAUAUGAGAUUCCACUCAUAGCAUUUGUUGGAGUAAAUCACCAUGGGCAAUCUGUUUUACUGGGCUGUGGUUUGCUUGCAGAUGAGACAUUUGAAACAUAUAUCUGGUUGUUUAGGGCAUGGCUUACUUGUAUGUUAGGUCGCCCUCCUCAAACUAUAAUAACAGGCCAGUGCCAGGUUAUGCAAAGUGCAAUUGCAGAGGUUUUCCCCAGGGCUCACCAUCGGCUUUGUCUGUCACAAGUAGUGCAAAACAUUCUUGAGAAGUUUGGAGAUUUUCUGGACUUAGAGACAUUUCAAAUGGAAUUGAGUAGGAUGGUUUAUGACUCUAUGAAGGUGGAUGAAUUUGAAAUGGCGUGGGAAACUAUGAUCCAGCGUUUUGGACUUGCAGAUCAUGAGUGGCUCCGACAAUUGUAUGAAGUUCGAGAACGAUGGGCUCCUGUUUACUCAAAAGACACUUUUUUUGCUGGAAUGUCCACUUUUCGUAGGGGUGAAUCUAUUAGCUCAUUUUUUGAUGGCUUUGUGCAUCAGCAGACUUCGUUGAAAGAGUUUUUUGACAUCUAUGAAUUAGUUCUACAAAAGAAGAGGCACAAGGAGGCACUUGAUGAUUUUGAAACAAGAAAUUCAAGCCCCAUUCUGAACACACAGUGCUAUUACGAGUUGCAGCUUUCAAAAUUAUACACAAAUGAAAUAUUCAGUAAGUUCCAGUUUGAGGUUGUGAUGAUGUCCUCUUGUUUUAGCAUAACGCAGGUUCAGACUACUGGACCCAUUAUAACAUACAUCGUUAAAGAACGUGAAGGCGAGGGAAAUAUGACUAAUGUUAGGAAUAUUGAAGUCAUGUAUGAUAAAGCUGGAGCUGAAGUCCGGUGCAUUUGCAGUUGCUUUAACUUCAAUGGGUAUCUUUGUCGACAUGCUUUGUGUAUUCUUAACUAUAACGGCGUGGAGGAAAUUCCAUUCCAGUAUAUUUUGCCUCGAUGGAGGAAGGAUUUUAAGAGGCUCUACGUGCCUCAUAUUGGGUCUAACAAUGUCGACAUCACUAACCCAGUUCAAUGGUUUGAUCAUCUGUACAAACGAGCAAUGCAAGUUGUAGGAGAAGGGAUGAAUUCUCAAGAUCAUUACAUGAUUGCUUGGCAAGCAUUUAAAGAGUCUCUUAAUAAGGUUCGACUCGUCGCAGACAAGCAUAUCUGAUAUUAAUAAUAGGAGUGUAUAUAAAUUUUUGUAGCUAGAUUUCUCUCUUGCAUGUACCAAAAACUCUUCAACCUCUGUCUGCACAUGUCACACUGUAACCUAUGUUGUAGAUUAACUCACUGAUCAGCGUUUUAAAUAUAGUGAUUUACAUAUUGCGGAAUAAAACAUGUAACCAGAAAGUUGUUAUUAGCCUUUUUUUUAAAUCGCAGACUGUCUAAAUUUCAUUCCGUA